AUGGCUUGGAGGCCCAUUCCUGGCCCUUCUCACGGCAGUGCUCCUCAGCUCCAACCUCCUGCGCCCGUGCCCCCGCGCGGCCGGCACUGCCCCAGCUGCCGCGCGUGCGUGCUGGGCCGCGACCACCACUGCGCGCUGCUGGGCCAGUGCGUGGGCCACCGCAACCGGCGCUACUUCCUGGGGCUGCUGCUCCACGGCGCCGCCGCGCUGCUCUACUGCAGCCUGCUGCACGCCGACCUGCUGCUGGGCGCCCUGCGCCAGGGCCCACCGCUGCGCGCCGCCGCGCUCCUGCUGGCACCCUGGCUGCUGCUGCUCUCCGGCCAGAGCAGCCUGUCGUCCUGCGCCCAGGCCGUGGCGGCUGACGCCUGCGUGGUCGGGUUCCUGCUGUGCGCCGGGUUCCUGCUCUUCCACGUGCUGCUGCUGCUCCGGGGCCAGACCACGGGCGAGUGGUUCGCCCGGACCAGGAGCCACGACCCGGAGAGCCCAGGUAUGGCGGGGGGGCUCACCGUCCUCUUCUUCAGCUCCUGCCGCCGAAUCAGCGACAUCUGGAAGUUGUCGACCAGGACGGCGAUGACGAGGCUGAGGGGGGGAGGCAGAGGGGACAGGUCCCCAAUCUGGGCCUGA